AGUGAGGGUCUCGCAGGUUAAUAGCUUAUAAGCCGCCGCCUUGAAAAUCCAGAAGGCCAUUUUUGUUAGAGAAAGGUGAAGAAGAAGAAGAAGCAGAGACAAACGAUUAUGAAGUACGUUUUGGUGACAGGAGGAGUGGUGAGUGGUCUUGGCAAAGGUGUCACUGCUAGUAGCAUUGGACUUCUUCUUCAAGCAUGUGGUCUUCGUGUUACUUCCAUCAAAAUUGAUCCUUAUCUUAAUACUGAUGCUGGAACAAUGUCUCCAUUUGAGCAUGGAGAAGUAUUUGUAUUGGAUGAUGGUGGAGAGGUGGACUUGGACCUUGGAAACUAUGAACGAUUUUUAGACAGUACAUUGACCCGUGACAACAAUAUAACAACUGGAAAGAUAUACCAGUCAGUCAUUGACAAGGAAAGGAAGGGGGACUACCUCGGAAGAACUGUACAGGUGGUUCCUCAUGUUACUGACGCAAUCCAAGAGUGGAUUGAGCGUGUCGCUAAUGUACCUGUGGAUGGGAAGGAAGGUCCUCCUGAUGUCUGUGUCAUCGAAUUAGGCGGGACUAUAGGUGAUAUUGAAUCUAUGCCCUUUAUUGAGGCCCUUGGUCAAUUCUCGUAUAAAGUUGGGCCUGGUAAUUUCUGCUUGGUUCAUGUCAGCCUUGUGCCUGUUCUCAGUGUUGUUGGUGAACAGAAGACGAAGCCAACCCAGCAUAGUGUGCGAGGACUCAGGAGCCUUGGUUUGACACCAAAUAUCCUAGCAUGUCGCAGCACAAAGGCACUUGAAGAAAAUGUCAAGACAAAACUAUCUCAAUUUUGCCAUGUGCCGGAAGUGAAUAUAGUAACGCUCUAUGAUGUUCCAAAUAUUUGGCAUGUUCCGCUGCUUUUAAGGGAUCAAAAGGCUCACGAAGCCAUCCUAAAAGAGUUGAACCUUAGUAAUGCUGUAAAGCCAGACUUGGCAGAAUGGACUGCGAGGACUAAAAUUUAUGACACACUGCAAGAUCCUGUGAGAAUAGCUAUGGUUGGCAAGUACACUGGCCUUACUGAUUCUUACCUUUCUGUGUUGAAGGCCCUUUUGCAUGCUUCUGUUGCAUGUCACAAGAAGCUUGUCAUAGAGUGGGUUGCAGCCAGUGACCUUGAAGAGAUAACUGCACAGGAGGCGCCAGAUGUCCAUAAAGCUGCAUGGGAUCUUUUGAAGGGUGCUGAUGGUAUCCUAGUACCAGGAGGGUUUGGUGAUCGAGGAGUGCAAGGGAAGAUACUUGCUACAAAGUACGCCCGUGAAAAUCAAGUUCCUUUCCUUGGCAUAUGCCUGGGAAUGCAGCUGGCUGUUGUUGAAUUUGCCCGCUCCAUUCUCGGUUUUCAUGAUGCAAACAGCACAGAGUUUGAACCAGAAACUUCAAGCCCUUGCAUCAUAUUUAUGCCAGAAGGAUCCACAACUCAUAUGGGGGGCACAAUGCGCUUAGGGUCAAGGAGGACUUACUUCCAGGUUGCUGAUUGCAAGUCUGCCAAGCUGUACGGUAAUGCAAAGUUUGUUGAUGAGCGACACCGGCACAGAUAUGAGGUAAAUCCAGAUAUGAUAUCUGAAAUUGAGAAGGCUGGCCUCUCCUUUGUUGGGAAAGAUGAGACUGGGCGUCGUAUGGAGAUUGUAGAACUACCAAGUCAUCCAUACUUUGUGGGUGCUCAGUUCCAUCCUGAAUUCAAGUCCAGACCUGGGAAACCUUCUGCAUUGUUUCUAGGUCUUAUCGCAGCAGCGUCUGGGUGUCUAGAAUCAGUUUUGCAAACAGGUGGCAAGGUGAACAUAGUUUCGAAAAAUGGAGUAGCCAAUGGAUCUGCAAUGGGGAAAGUUCAUCAGAACGGCAAUGUCUAUAGCAAUGGAAACGGACUUCACCACUGACUCGGGAAAGGAACAAUUUUACUUGCUGCAUUUUUAAAGUUUUUCUGCUUUUAAUCAAAGCUUUCUUUAAAGCCAGUCGACAUGUAUAGUCCUUGAGUUUUGUUUCCUUGUCUUGCUUGAAGACUUGUUGGGUUUCGUUGUUAGGGUUUGUGGAGAGACAUGGAUAUGAAUGUGCUUCCUGUUCUUGGGUUGCUUUUUGCCUUUCAUAGCUAAAAAGUAAUAAAUAUCUAUAAUCUA